AUGUACACGAUCCAUCGACGCCAACUCCCCAUAACACCCGCCUACGCAUUCACAGAUUAUCGCGCUCAAGGCCAAACACUACCGUCAGUGAUCGUAGACAUUGCCAAAGUGCCGAGUGGCAAACUCAACCUGUUCAACGUGUACGUGGCGCUUUCGAGAAGCUCGGGCAGGAGCACCAUCCGGCUGUUGAGAGCGUACGAUAGGAGCGUGUUUGACCCAACGAAGACGCGGCACGAACCGGAGCUGUUAUUGGAGGACGAGAGGUUGGAGGCCUUGGACCGGAAGACAUUGUUGUGGUGGAAUACACUAAGAGCACACGGAGCGCCAGCUGGGAGGAGAUGA